AUGUUUGUUGGACACGAAGACGACGAGGAUAGCUACAAGUACGAAGAUGAGCUUUAUCAUGAGGAGUCGUCCAGUGAGCAGAGUGUUGAUAGCGACGUGGAAUUUCAUCUCUACAGCCAGAUCCACUAUUCCCAAAAUCUUGGAGAAAUCAGCGUGCUGGAAGUGGAUGAAGAGUCUGAUGAUGCAGGAGUUCCGGCUGAAAAGAAGAAAAUCACAGUUGAUCCCGAGGUCAUCGUCUUGUCUGACACACCCGAUGAAGAUAGUAUUUACAAAAGCAAAGCAAAGAAGUCAGCAGGCCGUUUAGAGCGAGGCAAAAUGCACAUUCAUCCAGCAUCUUCCACACCGAACCAUGCCAAGGCCGCUGCAUGCAGUGCCCUGUCCCUGUCUGGAUCAGGCGCAGACACUUCGAGGGAAGGGAGAAGCGCUGGGGGGAAGCUUAGCCCAGUUUGUGCUGCUGGAGCCCACACCAUCGCAGACAUGCUGGUGAUAGACGAUAGCUCGGAGGAGAGCGUGAUAUCUGAAGAUCAUGUCGAGAACUGGAUGCUUCUGGGAGCCGAUGCAGAUGACGGGGAUGAAGAUAUAAUAUUGAACAUCGAAGGCUUCACAACUCCUGCCAGCGAAGGUUAG